CUCCUUUGUCCGUUUUUUUUUUUCCUUUUCUUUUUCUAUUUUUAACAACUUGUGUGCUCUCUCUGCUUCUUCCGUUUCUUCUUCUUCGCCGUCAGAUUUGACAGUUAGUGUUUUUUAGGAUUCCAUGAGUUGAAAGAGGUAUGUUCGAUACUUGUGGUUCAAAAAGAGUCAAAUCUCAAGUCAUCAGUGGCCAACUCGAGAAGUUUGUCAGGUUAGAUAGUAUGGACUCGAGGUACUCACAAGGCUCUGAAGCGGGUUUAAACAAAUGCACAUUGAAUAUACAAGGACCUAAACGUUUUGCUCAAGGAAGCAAAACAUCAUCUGGAUCUUUUAAGAAAGGGUUUAGAAAAGGUUCAGAAGGGCUUUGGUCUAUAGGUAGAUCGAUUGGGCUCGGGGUUUCGCGUGCUGUAUUUCCCGAAGAUCUUGAAGUAUCUGAGAAGAAGAUAUUUGAUCCUCAAGACAAGUUUCUUUUGCUCUGCAACAAGUUGUUUGUGGCUUCUUGUAUACUCGCAGUAUCCGUGGAUCCGCUCUUCUUGUAUCUUCCUUUUAUAAACGAUAAAGCGAAAUGCGUUGGGAUUGAUCGGAAACUGGCGAUUAUAGCGACUACGAUAAGGACAGUUAUAGAUUCGUUUUAUCUCUUUCAUAUGGCUCUACGGUUUAGAACAGCUUAUGUUGCUCCCUCAUCGCGGGUUUUUGGUCGAGGCGAGCUUGUUAUAGACCCUGCACAGAUAGCUAAACGGUAUCUGCAACAGUACUUCAUCAUCGAUUUGCUUUCCGUGCUUCCUGUUCCACAGAUUGUAGUUUGGAGAUUUCUUAUCAAUUCAAAAGGUGCAAAUGUGUUAGCAACUAAACAAGCACUUCGAUAUAUCGUGUUAGUUCAAUAUAUUCCACGUUUUCUUCGAAUGUAUCCUUUAAGUUCAGAAUUGAAGAGAACAGCCGGCGUGUUUGCUGAAACUGCUUGGGCUGGUGCAGCUUAUUACUUGCUACUUUACAUGCUCGCAAGUCAUAUUGUUGGGGCUUUGUGGUAUUUGCUUGCCUUAGAACGCAAUAACGACUGCUGGAGUAAGGCUUGCCACGAUAACACGACAUGUGCAAGAAACUUCUUGUUUUGUGGUAACCAAAAUAUGCCAGGUUAUGCUGCUUGGGACAAGAUUAAAGAUUCGGUUCUUCAGGCUCAUUGCCCUGUUAAUGUCCCUGAGGAUGAAGAACCUCCCUUUGAUUUUGGAAUCUACUUAAGAGCUCUCUCCUCUGGCAUCGUUGCAAAUAAGAACUUUGUCUCUAAGUACUUCUUCUGUUUGUGGUGGGGGUUACAGAAUCUUAGUACACUUGGUCAAGGGCUUGAAACUAGUACAUACCCUGGAGAAGUUAUAUUCUCUAUAACACUUGCUAUUGCUGGACUUCUACUCUUUGCCCUUCUCAUUGGAAACAUGCAGACGUAUCUUCAAUCGCUCACCAUCCGGUUAGAAGAAAUGCGAGUCAAAAGACGCGACUCAGAACAGUGGAUGCAUCAUCGAAUGCUUCCACCAGAACUGCGGGAACGGGUCAGACGAUAUGAUCAAUACAAGUGGUUGGAGACUCGUGGAGUUGAUGAAGAGAAUCUUGUUCAGAACCUCCCCAAGGAUCUUAGAAGAGAUAUCAAACGUCAUCUCUGUCUUGCCUUAGUCAGAAGAGUUCCAUUGUUUGAGAAUAUGGAUGAGAGGCUGUUAGAUGCAAUCUGUGAGAGGCUUAAGCCAUGUCUAUUCACUGAGAAGUCUUACUUAGUUCGUGAGGGAGAUCCAGUCAAUGAGAUGCUCUUCAUAAUCCGUGGUAGGCUCGAGAGUGUAACUACUGAUGGCGGGAGAAGCGGUUUCUACAACCGCAGUUUACUUAAAGAAGGAGAUUUCUGCGGUGACGAACUUUUGACAUGGGCACUUGAUCCCAAAUCCGGUUCUAACCUCCCAUCAUCAACAAGAACCGUCAAGGCCUUAACCGAAGUAGAAGCUUUUGCUUUGAUAGCCGAUGAGCUGAAAUUCGUGGCGAGCCAGUUCAGGAGACUCCAUAGCAGACAAGUGCAACACACUUUCAGAUUCUAUUCACAGCAAUGGAGGACAUGGGCCGCUUGCUUCAUCCAAGCUGCAUGGCGACGGUACACAAAGAGGAAGAAACUGGAGCAACUUAGAAAAGAAGAGGAAGAAGAAGAAGAGUCAGCAUCGGUUAUAGCCGGAGGAAGUCCUUAUAGCAUAAGAGCAACAUUCUUGGCUUCAAAGUUUGCGGCAAAUGCACUUCGUAGCGUUCACAAGAACCGGACUGCGAAAUCUGCAUUGUUGUCAUCUACUAAAGAAUUGGUGAAGUUUCAGAAACCUCCAGAACCAGAUUUCUCAGCUGAAGAUCAUCAUUGACCAUAACGUAAUCCAAUCUCGCAAACACAAGAAUUCUUUUACUUGUACACAAUCUCUAAGAACAAACACUUCAACUCAAAGAUCCAAUUUUUUUUUUUUGUUGUUGUUUAAACUUACACUUGGGUGAAUACAAACUAGUAACACCCAAAUAUUGUAAUAUAAAAGGUUUAUUUUGUGAUUA